AUGAAGCUCUCCCUGGUGGCUGUGAUGCUGCUGCUGCUUAGCGCAGCGUGGGCCGAGAAGGAGGACAAGAAGGAGGACGUGAGCAUGGUGGUUGGCAUCGACCUGGGGACAAGCUACUCCUGCGUCAGUGUGUUCAAGAACAGCCACAUGGAGAUCAUUGCCAACGAUCAGGGCAACUGCAUCACCCUGUCCUAUGUGGCCUUCACUCCUGAAUGGUAAGGUAUGAUCAGCGAUGCAGCCAAGAACCAGCUCACCUCCAACCCCGAGAACACGGUUUUUGAUGCAAAGCGGCUCAUCGGCUGCAGGUGGCACAACCCGUCUGUGCAGCAGGACAUCAAGUUCUUGCCAUUCAAGGUGGUUGAAAAGAAAACUAAACCAUACAUUCAAGUUGAUAUUGGAGGUGGGCAAACAAAGACCUUUGCUAUUGAAGAAAUUUCUGUAAUAGUUCUCACUAAAAUGAAAGAAACUGCUGCGGUUUAUUUGGGAAAGAAGGUUAUCCAUGCAGUUGUUGCUGUACCAGUCUAUUUCAAUGAUGCCCAACGCCAAGCAACCAAGGAUGCUGGAACUAUUGCUGGCCUAAAUGUUAUGAGGAUUAUCAAUGAGCCUAUAGCAGCUGCUAUUGCUUAUGGCCUAGAUAAGAGGGAGGGGGAGAAGAACAUCCUGGUGUUUGACCGGGGUGGUGGAACCUUCAAUGUGUCUCUUCUCACCAUUGACAAUGGUGUCUUCGAAGUUGUGGCCACUAAUGGAGAUACUCAUCUGGGUGGAGAAGACUUUGACCAGCGUGUCGUGGAGCACUAUUUGAACACAAAAAGUACAAAUGCUAUUUGUACUUUUUGAAUGUACAAAAAGAAGACCGGCAAAGAUGUCAGGAAAGACAAUAGAGCUGUGCAGAAACUCCGGCGCAAAGUAGAAAAGGCCAAACGGGUCCUGUCUUCUCAAUAUCAAGCAAGAAUUGAAAUUGAGUCCUUCUAUGGAGGAGAAGACUUUUCUGAGACCCUGACUCAGGCCAGAUUUGAAGCGCCACUGGACCUGUUCCGGUCUACUAUGAAGCCUGUACAGAAAGUGUUGGAAGACUCUGAUUUGAAGAAAUCUGACAUUGAUGAAAUUGUUCUUGUUGGUGGCUUUACUGGAAUUCCAAAGAUUCAGCAACCGGUAGAGUUCUUCAAUGGCAAGGAACCAUCCCAUGGCAUAAGCCCACAUGAAGCUGUAGCAUAUGGUGCUGCUGUCCAGGCUGGUGUGCUUUCUGGUGAUCAAGAUACAGAUGACUUGGCACUGCCUGAUGUGUAUCCCGUUACACUUGGUAUUGAAACUGUGGGAGGUGUCAUGACCAAACUGAUUCCAAGGAACACAGUAGUGCCAACCAAGAAGUCUCAGAUCUUUUCUACAGCUUCUGAUUAUCAACCAACUGUUACAAUCAAGGUCUAUGAAGGUGAACGACCCCUGACAAAAGACAAUCAUCUUCUGGGUACAUUUGAUCUGACUGGAAUUCCUCCUGCUCCUUGUGGGGUCCCACAGAUUGAAGUUACCUUUGAGAUGGAUGUGAAUGGUAUUCUUCGAGUGACAGCUGAAGACAAGGGUACAGGGAACAAAACUAAGAUCACAAUUACCAAUGACCAGAAUCGCCUGACACCUGAAGAAAUUGAAAGGAUGGUUAAUGAUGCUAAGAAGUCUGCUGAGGAAGACAACAAGUUCAAGGAGUACAUUGAUACUAGAAAUGAGUUGGAAAGCUAUGCCUAUUAUCUAAAGAAUCAGUUUGGAGAUAAAGAAAAGCUGGGAGGUAAACUUUCCUCUGAAGAUAAGAAGACCAUGGAAAAAACUGUAGAAGAAAAGGCUGAAUGGCUGGAAAGCCACCAAGAUGCUGACACUGAAGACUUCAAAGCUAAGAAGAAGGAACUAGAAGAAAUUGUUCAACCAAUUAUCAGCAAAUUCUAUGGAAGGGCAGGCCCUCCCCCAACUGGUGAAGAGGAUACAGCAGAAAAAGAUGAGUUGUAGACACUGAUCUGCUAGUGCUGUAAUAUUGUAAAUACUGGACUCAGGAACUUUCGUUAGGAAAAAAUUGAGAGAACUUAAGUCUCAAAUGUAAUUGGAAUAUUCACCUCAGAGUGGAGUUGAAAAUGCUACAACCCAAGUGGCUGUUUACUGCUUUUCAUUAGCAGUUGCUCACAUGUCUUUGGGGGUGAGAAGAAUUGGCCAUCUUAAAAAGUGAGUAAAAAACCUGGGUUAGGGUGUGUGUUCACCUUCAAAAUGUUCUAUUUAACAAUUGGGUCAUGUGCAUCUAGUGUAGGAAGUUUUUUCUACCAUAAGUGACACCAAUAAAUGUUUGUCACUUACAAAAAAAGAAAA